AUGUUGUCGCUGCUGCUGUGUCUUCUGGUGGCGACUCCGUGGACGCCGGCGUCUGGCGUCGCGACGGCGGAGGAGCGGCCGGUGGUGCGCGUGGAGCAGGGCGCGCUGCGCGGCGUCUCCCUGCGCUCGGCGUCCGGCCGGCCCUUCUACGGCUUCCGCGGGGUGCCCUACGCGCGGCCCCCCGUCGGCAAGAGGCGCUUCAAGGAGCCUGAACCGCCCAAACCAUGGCCAGGGGUCUGGGAUGCUACGCAUUAUGGUAGUCCGUGCAUCCAGUAUGUGUUCGUGCAUAGCUCUAGUGACUCACCUGUGGUUGGUGAAGAGGACUGUCUGCACCUCAACAUCUUCACACCAAAGUUGCCUACACCAAAUGGAGUAUCUCCCUUAUUAGAUGUUUUUGUGUUUAUUCAUGGAGGAGGCUUUAUGAGUGGUUCUGGAAGAUACUUUGGACCUGAUUAUCUACUGGAUCAUGAAGUUAUUGUAGUAACCAUCAACUACCGGUUAGGUAUUCUUGGUUUCCUGAGUACAGAAGAUGAACAACUACCAGGAAACAAUGGACUAAAAGAUCAGUCCAUGGCCUUCCGCUGGAUACAAGCAAAUAUUGCAUCCUUUGGAGGAAAUCCAGCUAGUAUUACAAUAGCAGGUUCUUCAGCUGGAGCAGCUAGUGUCCAUUUUCAUUAUCUUUCUUCCUGGUCUAGAGGUUUGUUUCAGAGGGGUAUGUCAUUUAGUGGAUCAGCCCUUGUUCCAUGGGCAAUUGCAGAAGGUCAGCGAGAAAAAGCUGAUAAACUUGCUAGUCUUGUGGGAUGUAAAACACAUUCCUCUAAAGAAAUACUGGAGUGUUUAAGAACUAGACCAGCAAGGCAAUUAGUUGAGAUGACACAACAUUUUCAGAUGUGGCGAUACAAUCCCUUUACCCCAUUUGGACCAACUGUUGAAACAGCAGGAAGCACCCCAUUUUUGGCUAAACAGCCAGCAGAACUUAUGGCUGAAGGUUCUAUUCAAGAUUUGCCUUGGGUCACCAGUGUUACAACAGAAGAAGGUGUUUAUCCAGCAGGAGAUUUUGUAACUAAUGAAGAUCUUAUGGAAGAGCUCAACAGGCAUUUUGUGGAACUUUCACCUUUUCUUCUGGACUACAAUUAUACAGCACCACAGGCAUUACACCAAAAAAUUGGAAUAGAAGUGCUACAGUUCUAUGUUGGUGAACAGCCCUUAUCAACAAAUACUGCUGAUGAGAUAGUACAGCUGUUUAGUGACCGGAUGUUUGUGGUAGAUGCUGAGCGUGCAGCACGGAUGCAAGCUGCUGCCAACACUGCUCCAGUAUACUUUUAUGUUUUUAGCUACAGAGGAAAACACAGUUUUUCUGAAAUAAUGUCAGGAAAUGAUGUUGACCUAGGUGUCAGUCAUGUUGAUGACAUGGGCUAUAUUAUGAGGAUGGAUGAAAAACAUGGCUUGAAAGUUCUCGAAGCAGAGGAAGACAGAAAAGUAGUGGAGUUAAUGGCUGACAUAACACUCCAUUUUGUUAAUAGUGGGGAUCCAGCAUCAAAAAAGAGAAACAUCACUUGGCCAGCUGUGAGAGGAAAUGCUAAGGAUAUUGACUAUCUGCAAAUUUCUGGAUACAGUGACAUUGCAGCAGCAACAAGUUAUGACCUUGGGAAUCGAGAGUUCUGGGAUUCCUUAGGAAUUUUGGAACCACAAAUGCUGAUCAAAAAAGAACACAAAAUAGAUGAACUCUAAUAGAUAAAUUUAUGUGAAUGUUCAGUGGUAAUCAUCAACUGUCCUCAGAUAUUGUAAAUUGAAUAUCUCCACCUAGCAGCUACAGCUGAAUUAUCUUGUUUGCAAAGAAGAGCACUAAAUGUAGAAUGUGUUAGCCAGGCUACUUCAUGAAACUGGAAAACUCCUGUUCAGAUCAGUAGGUCUAUUUUUGUAAAUAUUAAACAGUAUAUGGUUA